UGUGUUUUCAACGUGUCUUUGUUUUUAUAUAUUUAGUGAGUUUUCUGUUUAAGUAGCAUUGUCAUUUUUUAUUUGUAGAAGAGAGAAAAUGUAGGCUGGACAGUGACAAUGUGGCAGUGAGUCACUGAAACUGGGAAACGUGUACGUGGUGGAUACUGGUCAGAGACUGGCUGUGUCUUAUGUGUUUGGGCAGGACAUGCUGUUGUGUCUUUGGGACAGGUGGAUAUUCAUUUAACAAUGACUGGAAAAUGUGUGGAAAUCCUAGGAAGAAUAAGAUAUUUUCCACUACAGGCAGAAACUACACGCAUCACCAGGCCACUGACCCUUAAAUGUAAUCAUUACAUCAGGUGACAAGGCAGCAGCAAUCUAUCAGUAUAUAUGUACAGUGUACAGAGAAAAUGUUUUUGAGUCCUUUGGAAUUAUGUGGAUUUCUGCAUGAAUGACCUUGAUAAGUUAUAAUAAAGACAGUCUUAUUUAAUAAAUACACACAAAGUUAAGUUAACCAGUGGUUUAAAGAAUAACAGUCAUUCAUUGGACAAUGAGUAUGAACCCUCAUGUUUAGUAAGUAAUGGGACCUCCUUCAUUGGCAAAAACACAAACACCGUCUGCAGUGGCUGAUCAGACCUCCUUCAUUGGCAAAAACCACAGACAAACACCGUCUGCAGUGGCUGAUCAGACCUCCUUCAUUGGCAAUAACCACAGCCAAACACCGUCUGCAGUGGCUGAUCAGACCUCCUUCAUUGGCACUAACCACAGCCAAACACCGUCUGCAGUGGCUGAUCAGACCUCCUUCAUUGGCAAUAACCACAGCCAAACACCGUCUGCAGUGGCUGAUCAGACCUUCUUCAUUGGCAGUAGCCACAGCCAAACACCGUCUGCAGUGGCUGAUCAGACCUCCUUCAUUGGCAAUAACCACAGCCAAACACCGUCUGUAGUGGCUGAUCAGACCUCCUUCAUUGGCAAUAACCACAGCCAAACACCGUCUGCAGUGGCUGAUCAGACCUCCUUCAUUGGCAAUAACCACAGCCAAACACCGUCUGCAGUGGCUGAUCAGACCUCCUUCAUUGGCAAUAACCACAGCCAAACACCGUCUGCAGUGGCUGAUCAGACCUUCAUUGGCAAUAACCACAGCCUAACACCAUCUGCAGUGGCUGAUCAGACCUCCUUCAUUGGCAAUAACCACAGCCAAACACAGUCUGCAGUGGCUGAUCAGACCUCCUUUAUUGGCAAUAACCACAGCCAAACACCGUCUGCAGUGGCUGAUCAGACCUUCAUUGGCAGUAACCACAGCCAAACACCGUCUGCAGUGGCUGAUCAGACCUCCUUCAUUGGCAGUAGCCACAGCCAUACACCAUCUGCAGUGGCUGAUCAGACAUUCAUUGGCAAUAACCACAGCCAAACACCGUCUGCAGUGGCUGAUCAGACCUCCUUCAUUGGCAAUAACCACAGCCAAACACCGUCUGCAGUGGCUGAUCAGACCUCCUUCAUUGGCAAUAACCACAGCCAAACACCGUCUGCAGUGGCUGAUCAGACCUCCUUCAUUGGCAAUAACCACAGCCAAACACCGUCUGCAGUGGCUGAUCAGACCUUCAUUGGCAAUAACCACAGCCAAACACCGUCUGCAGUGGCUGAUCAGACCUCCUUCAUUGGCAAUAACUGCAGCCAAACAUCGUCUGCAGUGGCUGAUCGGACCUCCUUCAUUGGCAAUAACCACAGACAAACAGUGUCUGCAGUGGCUGAUCAGACCUCCUUCAUUGGCAAUAACCACAGCCAAACACCAUCUGCAGUGGCUGAUCAGACAUUCAUUGGCAAUAACCACAGCCUAACACCAUCUGCAGUGGCUGAUCAGACCUCCUUUAUUGGCAAUAACCACAGCCAAACACCGUCUGCAGUGGCUGAUCAGACCUCCUUCAUUGGCAAUAACCACAGCCAAACAUCGUCUGCAGUGGCUGAUUGGAUCUCCUUCAUUGGCAAUAACCAGAGCCAAACACCGUCUGCAGUAGCUGAUCAGACCUCCUUCAUUGGCAAUAACCACAGCCAGUGUUUGCAGUGUCUGAUCAGAUCUCCUUCAUUGGCAAUAACCACAGCCAAACAUUUUGCCAAUCCCUCUACACAAAGUGCUUUGGUUCCUGUAUAUUUCUGGGAUGUCUUGCUUGAAGGGCCUGUUUCAGAUCAGCCAGAGUGAUUCAGUGGGACUGAGUUCAGUUGUUCUCACAUAGGGAAUUUAUUCUGUUUGAACUACACUCUUGUCCACUUCUCUGCUGUUUUUGGGAUCAUUGCAUAACCCGACUUUUUCUCAGUUCUGGAACCCAGACAGGCUGUCUGACAUUCUGCUGUGGAAUAUCCUGAAGCAGCUUUCAUUGGUUCCUCACCUAUUGCAGCUCCCAGGCCCUAAGCCAGCACAGCAGCCCCACACUGUGACCCUCCCGUCACCAGGCUUCACACUGGGCACAAGCCUUUGCUGUUGCUAUGCUGUUUGCUGUUUUGUUUUCUUCAAACACAACACAGGGUGUAUUUGCCAAAAUGUUCAACUUUUAUGUCAUCUGUCCACAGAAAAUUGCCCCAGUAGUGAACUAUUCAGGGUGUCUUUAGCAAUUGUUUUCUUUUGCGCAGUGGUUUCUGACGUGGUGACCUAAUGGGCACUUUUGUAGUUCUUUUGUAGUUAAUUUUCUUACGGAAAACAAAAAAACAAACAUUGUGCAAAUUAAACCUGUAGAUCCUUAGCGGUCACUCUAAGUUCGUCAUCACUUGUUUCCUUGGGUCCUUACACUUAUCAUUGUAUGGCGUCAUUCCUAGAGAGUGGUAAUGGGGCCCAGUAUUGUCCAUUUCUGCACUGUCAGAAAAAAAGGUUCUGUACAGUCCUGGAACUGUUUUGUUCCCCUAGGUACCUCUGUAGAAGGCAAUAAUGUAAUAACGGGCAAUAACAUAAUAUUUCCAAUGUAAUACUUUUUACUGAACCAAUAACAAAAUAAUUUUUCGCGAUAAUAGUUAAGAUAAAAGUUAUGACAUUAUUGGGAAGUAGUUACAUUAUUACAUCACAUUAAGAACAAUCCCCACUGGUGCCAAAAUGAUCCCCAAGGUGUGUGUGUGUGUGUGUGUGUCUAUAUAUACACACACACACACACACACACACAGACGCUCCUCUACUUACGAAUGAGACACGUUCUGAAUGGCCGUUCAUAAUGUGAAAUGUACGUAAGUCGUUAUUCAACAUCUUUUUAAGGGUAUACGCAAGUACAAAGAACUAGGAUGCUGGGAGUUCGCACGCUACACUGCUGCGCGGCGGGAGUAGCGGCCAGAAGUCGUACUAGGUGGAAUUGGCGUGUAGGAAAAAAAGUUGAUGUUGCGGACAGGAAACAUGAACAUAAUUUGGACAUGCAAUCCUCUACGUUCAUAUAUCUGAAAGUUUGUAAGUAGAGGAGCCACUGUGUAUGCCUAAAUAUAUAUAUAUAUAUAUAUAUAUAUAUAUAUAUAUAUAUAUAUAUAUAUAUGCCUAAACACAACACACAGUACAAAACGAUGUAUAGGAAUACGCAGAAAAAUGGUGGGCAUUUGUACAUGAAAGGUGUCCAUGUCUUCAUGUCUUUGUUUGUGCAUUUGAUGUGUGGUGAGACACAGCAGGUGCAGUAGGUUAUACUGCUGGAGGGUUGUGGUUUGUCUGGCACUGUGCAUAGUGCUAACAAGGCUGUGAUAAAGGAAGGGAUGUAAACAUGAGAAGGGUUGUUUAUGUCAUGUACGUAGUCAUGCAUAGUUAUGUAAGGAGUCAUUGGUGUUUUUGAAUGCUGUCUGGGCAUGUGCUAUGGCUGGGAGUGAGGGCGAUCACAGCAAGUGGAGGCAGUGCAGUGCCUUGCAGCAGGGCCAGUAGCGGCAUGGUGAAUAAGAGAGGAGGCCAUGGGGGGACAGGGUGCCACUGUAAAUGUAAAGGAGGAGCAUAUGGGGGGACAGAGUGCCGCUGUAAAUGUAAAGGAGGAGCCCAUGGGGGGACAGGGUGCCGCUGUAAAUGUAAAGGAGGAGCAUAUGGGAGGACAGGGUGCCACUGUAAAUGUAAAGGAGGAGUAUAUGGGGGGACAGGGUGCCACUGUAAAUGUAAAGGAGGAGCCCAUGGGGGGACAGGGUGCCGCUGUAAAUGUAAAGGAGGAGCAUAUGGGAGGACAGGGUGCCACUGUAAAUGUAAAGGAGGAGCCCAUGGGGGGAAAGGGUACCGCUGUAAAUGUAAAGGAGGAGCAUAUGGGGGGACAGGGUGCCACUGUAAAUGUAAAGGAGGAGCCCAUGGGGGGACAGGGUGCCACUGUAAAUGUAAAGGAGGAGCAUAUGGGGGGACAGUGUGCCACUGUAAAUAUAAAGGAGGAGCAUAUGGGGGGACAGGGUGCCGCUGUAAAUGUAAAGGAGGAGCCCAUGGGGGGACAGGGUGCCACUGUAAAUGUAAAGGAGGAGCCCAUGGGGGGACAGGGUGCCACUGUAAAUGUAAAGGAGGAGCCCAUGGGGGGACAGGGUGCCACUGUAAAUGUAAAGGAGGAGCCCAUGGGGGGACAGGGUGCCACUGUAAAUGUAAAGGAGGAGCCCAUGGGGGGACAGGGUGCCGCAUAUAACCUACAAUGAGGCACUCAUGCAACUCGUGUUCCUGUACCUGCCCAAUGUGACCCAUGCUCCUACACCUACUACAUGUGAUCUGUACUGCUCAGCUAAUCUGCCCUCUGCGGUUGUUC